GUGGGGAACUAUCUCUCUGAUUUAUUCCUUAUUUUCAUAUAAACGCUGCUCUGAUCUGAGUCGAGUGGUAGGUGGACGCAGAGAGAGGGGGGAAGACGCCCAUGCAUUGACACACUCUCGUGGACACAGUCACUCACUCAGUCGCUGCCUGGUGCGGGUGACAAGAGUUGGCUGCUGCUGGAUCAGUGAUGUGUCGCCAUCAGUGUCACCGGUCCACUCUGUGACCUGGACAAGUUUUGCUCAGCAAGAGGGAAACAACUUGCCUUCUUCCUUUGCUAUAUGUACUCAUGGGAGCUGUUACUACUGAGCUCAGUUUGGGGCUUUGACCAGGACUUCACUAGAUACCUGCCUAAAUCCAGGAGGAAAAAGAGAGAGUGCCGUGGUAGAAAAAAAAAGACCAGAUCAAUAUUACAGAGUGAAGCUCAAGAAAUCCAGGCUUACUUUGCCUGUGUACCAAUGCUGGUCUGUGAAACUAUUGCCUUCAGAGGGAUUAUUCCAAUCCCCCAGGUGGAGACAGAGGAGGGAUGUCUGUGGUGAGUGUGUGACCUCUCUGGAGUUUAGUGUCGUGGCCCAGGGCUAGCGCGCCCCAGGAAGCAGAGUAGGAGGAGGACGUGUUGUUGUAGUUUUGGAUCACUCCAUUAAGGUAUGUGAGAUAAAUGAGUGUGGGAUAGCACUCCCAAUGGCCCUGGACUCUCUGCCGUAGCCCCGAUGCAAGCUUCAGAGGCCGGCAUGGCUGGCAGGCGGAUGCCCCUACUGCUGCUGGUGGUGCUGGCGCAGGUGCUGAGUGGAGUCUGUGUGCCAGGGGACGGCUUGGGGAAGUACAAGGGAAGCUGGAGGUGGAAAGGUGAAAGGAGCCGAUCCCGUCUGCGCCAAGAGGACACCCCACCCCGGAUUGUGGAGCACCCCUCUGACCUGAUUGUCUCCAAAGGGGAGCCCGCCACUCUCAACUGUAAAGCGGAGGGGCGGCCAACCCCGACAGUGGAGUGGUACAAGGAUGGAGAGCGGGUGGAAACGGACAGGGACAAUCCCCGUUCUCAGCGCAUGCUGCUGCCCAGCGGCUCCCUCUUCUUUCUACGCAUUGUCCAUGGACGACGGAGCAAGCCGGAUGAAGGUUCCUACGUCUGCGUGGCCCGCAACUACCUGGGAGAAGCAGUAAGCCACAACGCCUCGCUGGAAGUAGCCAUUCUACGUGAUGACUUCAGACAAAACCCUGCCGAUGUGAUCGUGGCGGCCGGAGAGCCGGCGGUCCUAGAGUGUCAACCUCCACGCGGACAUCCUGAACCCACCAUAUCGUGGAAGAAAGAUGGAAUAAACAUUGACGAUCGAGAUGAGAGAAUCACUAUACGCGGGGGGAAGCUGAUGAUCACAAAUGCCCGGAAGAGCGAUGCUGGGAAGUACGUGUGCGUCGGCACCAACAUGGUCGGAGAACGUGAAAGUGAAAUAGCUGAACUUACAGUGCUUGAGCGUCCCAGCUUUGUGCGUCGCCCAGGCAGCCAAGUGGUGUUAGUGGACCAAAGUGUAGAGUUCAGGUGUGAGGCCCGUGGCGACCCAGUUCCCACCGUGCGCUGGAGGAAAGAUGAUGGCGACCUGCCCAAAGGAAGAUAUGAGAUUCGUGAGGACCACACCCUGAAGAUCCGUCGCCUGACCUCGGCUGAUGUAGGCUCCUACACCUGUGUGGUAGAGAACAUGGUGGGCAAGGCGGAGGCAUCGGCCACGCUCACCGUCCACGUCAUGUCUGUGCCCCCGGCAUUUGUGGUUAGACCAAGGAACCAGGUGGUGGGGGUUGGCAGAACUGUCACCUUCCAGUGCGAGGCCACUGGAAACCCACAGCCAGCCAUUUUCUGGCAGCGGGAAGGGAGUCAGAACCUGCUCUUCUCCUACCAACCUCCUCAACCCUCCAGCCGAUUUUCUGUAUCUCAGUCUGGGGACCUGACCAUCACUGAUGCUGAACGCUCAGACAUGGGCUACUACAGCUGCCAGGCCAUCAACACUGCUGGAAGUGUCCUCACCAAGGCUCUGCUAGAGAUCACAGAUGUCGUGUCAGACCGCCCGCCACCAGUUAUUCGACAGGGCCCAACCAAUCAGUCGGUAGCUGUAGAUGGCACCGUGGUCCUUAACUGUGUGGCAACAGGGAACCCCACCCCCACCAUCCUGUGGAGGAAGGAUGGUGUCUUGGUGUCCACUCAUGACUCCAGGGUCAAACAGCUGGACACCGGCGCGUUGCAGAUACGCUAUGCAAAGCUUGGUGACACUGGAACCUACACCUGCAUCGCCUCCACACCCAGUGGAGAGGCCUCAUGGAAAGCUUACUUAGAGGUCCACGAAUUUGGAGUCCCAGUCCAGCCCAACAGACCGACUGACCCAAACCUGAUCCCCAGUGCCCCUUCCAAACCUGAGGUCACUGACGUGACCCGCACCUCUGUCGCCCUUUCCUGGAGACCUAACCUUAAUGCCGGAGCCACACCCACCUCUUAUGUCAUAGAGGCCUUCAGUCAUGCAUCAGGGAGCAGCUGGCAGACCUUGGCAGAGCAUGUGAAAACUGAGUCAUUUGUACUGAAGGGCUUGAAGCCCAGUGCAGUCUACCUCUUCUUAGUACGGGCAGCUAAUGCCUAUGGGCUGAGUGAUCCCAGUCCCAUUACUGAAGCUGUGAAAACACAAGAUAUCCCUCCCACCAGUCAGGGUGUGGACCAUCGUCAGAUCCAAAGGGAGUUGGGAGAUGUGGUUAUCCACCUGCACAACCCCACCAUUCUCUCCUCCUCCUCUGUCAGGGUGCAGUGGACAGUGGAGCAGCAGUCCCAGUACAUCCAGGGCUACAAGGUGAUGUAUAGGCCUUCACCGGAGGGGCUGCAGAGGAGUGAAUGGGCAGUGUUCGAGGUGCGCACCCCUGGGGAAGACAGCGCUGUUGUGCCACAGCUCCGUAAGGGAGUCACAUAUGAAUUCAAAGUCCGCCCUUUCUUCAAUGAAUUCCAGGGAACAGACAGCGAUGUCAAAAUUGGCAAGACGCUGGAGGAAGCUCCCAGUGCCCCUCCUCGCGAGGUUACAGUGGCGGAGAGCGGGGACAAUGGGACCGCCAUCAUGGUCUCCUGGCAACCCCCUCCAGAAGAGGAGCAGAAUGGGGUGGUCCAGGAGUACAAGAUUUGGUGCUUGGGGAAUGAGAGCAGGUAUCACAUCAACCGUACAGUUGACGGCUCAACCUUAUCCGUGCUGAUUCCCAGUCUUGCCCCAGGGAUCCGCUACAGCGUGGAGGUAGCAGCCAGCACCGGGGCGGGUCCCGGGGUCAAGAGCGAUAUCACCUUCUUCCAGCUUGACGCGUCUGGGCGAAUGACAGGGGACGAGAUCCAGGAGAACCCCCUGUCCCAGCAGAUCUCCGAUGUGGUCAAGCAGCCGGCUUUUAUAGCAGGCAUAGGAGCCGCGUGCUGGAUCAUCCUCAUGGUCUUCAGCAUCUGGCUGUACCGACACCGAAAGAAGAGGAAUGGCCUCUCCAGCAGCUAUGCAGGCAUACGCAAAGUGCCAUCUUUUACUUUCACACCAACAGUGGCAUAUCAGAGAGGAGGGGAAGGUGUAAGCAGCGCUGGAAGGCCUGGUUUGCUAAACAUCGGGGAAUCUGCCACUCAGCCCUGGCUGGCAGACACGUGGCCAAACUCCUGCGCCAACCACAAUGACUGCGGCAUCAACUGCUGCACUGCAGGCAAUGGCAACAGCGACAGCAACUUGGCAACAUACAGCCGCCCCGCCGACUGCAUCGCCAAUUAUAACAACCAGAUGGAAAACAAGCAGACCAACCUCAUGGUGCCAGAGUCAGGGCUCUAUGGAGAUGUAGACUUGUCCAACAAGAUCAAUGAGAUGAAGACCUUCAACAGUCCAAACCUGAAAGAUGGCCGCUUUGUGGGUCCAGGGGGCCAGCCGACACCGUACGCCACAACCCAGCUCAUCCAGUCCUCCAUCAUGGGACACAACGUUAACCCUGACAGAGGAACCGGAGGGAGUGGAGGAGGAAUGGGUGGAGGGGAGAUGAAUGAAAAACACUGCUGGAAGCCAACCUCAGUCCAGCAGCAGAAACAGGAGAUGGGCUCCCAGCUGCAGUACAACAUCAUGGAGCAAAACAAGCUGAACAAGGACCGCUACAGAGGAGGUGACAGCCCUAUGCCAGCCACCAUCCCCUACAACCAGACCCACGAUAGCCACACUGGAGGCUCCUACAACAGCUCCGACCGAGGCAGCAGCAGUACCUCCGGGAGUCAGGGUCAGAAGAAGGGAUUGCGCACCCCCAAACUACCCAAACAGAGCACAAUGAAUUGGGCUGACCUUCUGCCCCCUCCCCCUGCAAACCCACCCCCAAGUCGGAGCACAGAGGAGUACUCUCUAUCAUUGGAAGAAAGCUGUGAACCAGACAUGCAGUGCCCCAUGCCCCCUUCUCACAUGUACCUGCAGCCUGAUGAGCUGGAGGAGGAAGAGGAGAUGGAGAGGGGGCCCACUCCCCCCAUCCGAGGAGCAGCCUCUUCCCCUGCAGCUGUAUCUUAUAGUCACCAGUCCACAGCCACCCUCACCCCCUCACCGCAGGAGGAGAUGCAGCCGAUGCUCCAGGACAGCCAUGAACGCAGGCGCCACGCUGUGAGCCCCCCACCCCCUCCAAGGCCCCUCUCUCCUUCACACACAUAUGGGUACAUCACCAGCCCGUUGACCUUGGACACUGAUGGUAUGGAGGAGGAGGAGGAGGAGGAGGAGGAUAUAUUGGAGGAAGAGGAGGAGGAGGGUGACGACACAGAUGCAGAGGUGGCCAAGAUGCACUACCACCACACCCACCCCCACACACACCCCCACCAUCCCCAGAUGCAUCCACGAAGGUUGCUGCUACGAGGGCUUGAACAGACGCCUGCGUCCAGCAUGGGCGACCUGGAGAGCUCGGUUACCGGCUCCAUGAUCAACGGAUGGGGCUCGGCUUCUGAAGAGGAUAAUGUCUCUUCAGGGAGGUCCAGUGCCGUCAGUUCAUCAGAUGGAUCCUUCUUCACUGAUGCUGACUUUGCUCAAGCGGUUGCCGCAGCCGCAGAGUACUCAGGCCUGAGGGUGGCCAAAUAUCCCAACACACUGGGUCACGAAGUGGGAGGAGCUUCAGCGCGAAAAUACCAAAUAAACCCAUCAGGACACAGUCCUGGCAGCCCAGUGUCUACAGACAGUAACAUGAGUAUGGCAGCUGUACACAGGAGGCCUCCCAAGAAGCAGAAACAGCAUCCCGCAGGUCACCCAGGGAACCAGCGACGUGAAGCCUAUAAUGAAGAUCUCCCACCUCCUCCUGUCCCACCCCCGGCUGCGCUCAAGUCGCCUACGCACCCCUCCAAGGUGGUCCCGGAGGGCCGGGGAGCGAUUUCCCCUAAAGCGGGUGAGGGUCGAGACAAAAGAGGAGGAACGGGGGGCCAUCGGCCCAGAGAAGGCUUAGACCCCAAAACCGCCUCGACCGAACGAAAAGAUGCCCAGGAGAGACAGAAGACAGCCCAUGGGGUGAAAGCGAAUAAACACGAGGGUAGCGCCGCCAACAAAGCACGCCAACACGCAGGUUCAGAGGACAUUCCAUCCUACAGCCGACCACAGUUCCCUGCGGUCAACGGCCCCCGCGACCUAAGCUCCUCCAGCUCUGUGUCUUCCAGGGGCUCAGGGGGGCGGCGGAGAGGAGAUGGAGGCCGCAGAAACCAGGCAGACACCGGCCUCAACGCCACAGGGGCCUUCCGACUGGGAGACGAAGAACUAGAGAUGGCAGAAAGCUGAAGAACAGAGGAGGAACUGUUGUGAUUUUGAGCGGAGCAUCAUUGUUUCUCUUACAAUUUUAAAUAUCUCAGUAUUUGACCAUCAUAUUGGCUGCCAUUAUACUGUACAUCAGUAGUGUUCUUUACAUUUGGAAAGCAGACCAAUGUUUGUUUAUUUACUUAUGUCCAUUUAAAAAAAAAAAGGAAGGGGUGUCUGAAGUUUUGUUUUGUUGAAAACAAAAUACGCAGUACUAUAUUUAUGUUUAAUUCCAAUGCAAUAUGGAGUGAAAUCCUACUCCGGACAUUGACGCGACUCUGUUCGGCCGGACAAAAACUUUGAGCCGUCGCUGUAAUAAAGUAGCUGCAAGCAGAGAGGGGCAGACCGUCUGUAAAUAUACGUGUACACAUGACGUUUUACCCACUGCGGUACCUCAAAUUUGUCUUCCUUGUUUUAUUUUGAGAAUUCAAAUUUUACGAUGGCGGUAAAUACAUUUUGUUUGUUUCCAUCCGCGUUGUAAAUUGCUCUAUUAUUUAGCCGCCCCAAGAAAGCGCCACUUUGGGUUCUUUUUGUCUUUAGUUUUAUCGUAAUGCACUGUUGUUUUGUGUUGUCGUCGUCAAUGUUUGUCAAUUGUUUUACUUUGGUUUUAAAAGCACAAUCACUAAACUUUAUUUUAAACCAUUCUAUCUAUUAACCUUUUCGUCUUACCGGAGGAAACGGGUAAGACGAAAGAGUCCGGUCAAUCCCGACAGCGCGGGUAAAGGCCGGCGGUCUCCCUC